AUGCAGCCCCAGGAAAUUCAGUCUUACCACCAUUACCAGGAGAUUACUGGAACGAUCGGAGAGGGUCGUGUUAUUGCAAUUUACUUCUAUGAUGUUAUGGCGCCUCCUUGCUGGACCAUCCAACAGGCAUAUAAUGAUGCUGCUGCAAACCCAGAAUACGCAGGAAGGGUUGGCUUUUAUUCUUUCAGAGUUGGAGGUCAGGACCGUGAGUUGGAACAAAUUCAGGAAAACAUGAGGAUCUGCAAUGUGCCUGCGUUUGCUUUCGUCCGCGAAAACGAAUUUAACACCGUCAUCUGCAGUGCUGAGGAAGUUGCAAAUGUGAUUGCGAACAACGUCUUCUAA